GAUGAGACACUUGUGCAAGGUGGUGCAUAGGAGAUAUCCUCCAGGACUGCAUCCUCUAGUACCAUCUGGAAUACUGAAAACACCUCCUAUGGGAUGAGUAGUUAGGCAGAAAGACACUGCACAGAGUGGAGAGACAUGAAUUUUUCCUCAGAUCACCUCCAAGAGCAGCUGCUCCUCCAUGACCUCCUUCUGUAUGAGAACAAGUCCUCACACAGGGCAGAGAACUUGAGUGGUAAGCUGUUACACCAUGAGAGGGCUAAGCUUGAGAAAAUGCUUCUGCUGACUAUUAGGGAGCCCACCACCAUCGCUCUUACUGUGAUGUACACCUUAUCCUUUGCCGUGGGUUUUGUGGGGAACGUUAUGUCCAUCAGAGUGCUCAGCAACAGGAGAAGCAAGAGGCUCCCAGGGGUGAGUGCCACAAGGAGCCUGCUGGUCAACCUGGCCGUGUGUGACCUCAUGGUGGUGUGCAUCUGUAUGCCUAUCACCCUGGGCCAUACGAUCUACACUGCCUGGGUGUAUGGUGACUUCCUGUGUAGGGCAGUGCCCUUUACCCAGGCUGUCUCCGUGUCUGCCAGUGUCCUCAGUCUCACCGUCAUUAGUGUAAACCGUUACUACAGCGUCCACAAUCCCCUGAGUGCUCGUUCCUUCAUAACCUGCAGGAAGAUCUUCUGGACUAUUGUUGUAGUGUGGGUGCUUUCCUCUGGGAUUUGCUCACCCCUCAUUUUCAUGAAUCGGCGGGAUGAGAUCCACCUGAUUGAGGACCAGCCUUUUGUGCUGCCUAUUUGUCGAGAGAGCUGGCCGCAGGCUACACUGAAGCAGGCCUACAAUGUGUUGCUCUUUGUGGCUCUCUACUGUCUCCCAGUGGCAUUCAACCUUACUGUGAGCUUCCUGACAAGCCGCCAGCUGUGGAGUACUCCCCGCAACUUUGGUGAAUUCAACUUCCACAGUCGGGCAGUGCACACCUCGCGCCUCAAGGUCCGUAAGAAGAUUGCCAAGAUGGUGGUGGCCCUGGUCAUAAUAUUUGCCAUUUCCUGGCUGCCACUUUAUGUGGCUGACAUGUGGAUAGAUUGCAAGUCCCAUCCCCCAGUCUGGGUGCUGCAGCUUCGCCCCUUUGCUCAGUGGCUUGGCCUGACCAACUCCAGCCUCAACCCCAUCUGCUACUGCUUCGUCGGAGACUUGUACCGUACAGCCAGGGUUAUCAAAACCAAGUACCAUCCAAGGCUCAUCUCAGUCUUCACCUCCUUCACCUCCAGUGCCUCCAGCACCCUGCCCAGAAAGAAUUCCUCCAAGAAGCAGAGACAGUUAAGGUGCCAAGAGCAUGCCCUGCCAGAGGUGCAGAGAUCUAACUAUUACUCAGCCACCAGUAGAUGGGAGAGUGCACAGAAAUCCAGCAUCCCUUUGUGUCUUCAUACCCUUAAAGGCAAGAACGAUUCCAGGAGCUUUCCUCACCAUUUCAACGUUUAA